CGAUACCUUGACAUCUUUUCACAUCCCCACUAAUUUGGUUGGUUUUUUGGUUUUUUAAAAAGUUUCAAAAAGUCGUGCUGCCGCGAUCGGAUCCGGACUCCGCACUCCCCGACUGCCUGACUGCCUGACCGCUGACUGCCUGGUACCCAGCAACGCAACCUUCGACCGCUCCGCACCGCACCGCCUCCACCGCUCGAGUGAAAUGUCGCUGAAUCCGCAGUACGAGGACAUCGGCAAGGGCUUUGUGCAGCAGUACUAUGCGAUUUUCGACGACCCGGCGAACCGCGCGAACGUGGUUAACUUCUACAGCGCUACCGACUCCUUCAUGACCUUCGAGGGCCACCAAAUACAGGGUGCACCCAAGAUCCUCGAGAAAGUCCAGAGUCUGAGUUUCCAGAAGAUCACCCGAGUGAUAACCACAGUGGACUCGCAGCCCACGUUCGACGGCGGAGUGCUGAUCAACGUCCUCGGAAGGCUACAGUGCGACGACGACCCCCCGCACGCCUUCUCGCAGGUCUUCGUGCUGAAGGCCAACGCCGGCACCUUCUUCGUGGCCCACGACAUCUUCCGCCUGAACAUCCACAACUCUGCCUAGGAGCGCCCACUCCGCCGGACGCGCGUCCAAAACUAUUUAUCCGCACCACUCAGCAACCAGCACACACACUCAACCCACAUCCAAAGAUGCCCGGCGCCCAACGACAUCAGCGGGCGGGCAGUGGAACUCAAUAGGAAAAUAAACUAACUAUGCAAAGCAGCAGCACAAGCAGCGGUCUCACGUCUAUCAGCAAAUGCAAAAAGCAACAGAAAGAGAAGAAAAACACACACAGUAAAGGAAGAAAUUAAAUUGUAACUACUAUGCGAUGUAAACAAAAUGGGCCACCAGCCCGCCACUCUCGUGUCCCCUUGCGCCCGGUACUCUCGGCUCGCGGGGCCAGCGAAUCGUUUGUUCCGCGAACACCUGGAUCUCGGGCUCCCAUUUAGCCAGGGCUAUCGAGCGGGGUAUGUGGCCUGCGACGAGCUCUCCUUUCAUUUUCCCCGGAAAGCAACCAAAACCGCUGGCAACUGCACGCGUUAAAAUUGAUUUUUGUUCGUACUUUUAUAGACUCAACACACUUUCGAUUGGGCCCUCGUCCGGUUCUGUAUUGUAAUUAUUGAAAUACUUUAGAUAGCCGCAUUGCAAUGUUUUGUAUCGAAUACCCACUUCUUGAACCGCGAUCUGAGUACCGGGACUAUUACACAGUCGAGGAUAUCGACUCUAGCUUUCUUGUAUGACUAAUUGAGUGAUGGCGAAUUACUUUUUAUUGAGACAAAAAAACACUUAAAUAUAAAGAUUAACGUUAA